AGACGCAGAGGGGACUGUCGCUGGUGCAGGCGGAACCAAAAGAUAUUUAAUCAGCAAUUAGGAACACCUGAGGGCAAGGGAAAUUCUACUCCAGCCUCAAGCUUCAUCUCUCAGCCCGCAGCAUGACCCCUGCCUCAUUCACUGCAUGUGAUGGACCUGCUCUGAGAUAAAUCAGAGUUGCAUAAUGAAAGAGAACAUCUGUAGGACCCCUGCCUCAUUUGUCAGGCUGCUCGGCAGAAUGGCCACAGAGGAGCGGCACCUCUCCUCCAGCUGUGGGUCCUUCAUCAAGACCGAGCCCUCCAGCCCAUCUUCUGGCAUCGACGCCAUCAGCCACCACAGCCCGAGUGGCUCCUCCGACGCUAGUGGUGGCUACGGCAUCGCCAUGGGAGGCCACCCCAAUGGCCUAGACUCACCACCCAUGUUCAAUGGCACGGGGCUUGGUGGUGGGUCCUGCCGUAAGCGUUACGACGACUGUGCCAGCGCCAUCAUGGAGGACUCACCCACCAAGUGCGAGUACAUGCUCAAUGCAAUCCCCAAGCGGCUGUGCCUGGUGUGCGGGGACAUUGCUUCUGGGUAUCACUACGGCGUGGCUUCCUGUGAGGCGUGCAAAGCCUUCUUCAAGAGGACUAUUCAAGGGAAUAUUGAAUACAGCUGCCCGGCCACCAAUGAAUGUGAAAUCACGAAACGGAGGCGCAAGUCCUGUCAGGCCUGUCGCUUCAUGAAAUGCCUCAAAGUGGGGAUGCUAAAAGAAGGUGUUCGUCUGGAUCGAGUCCGUGGAGGCCGUCAGAAAUACAAGAGGAGACUGGAUUCUGAGAGUAGCACUUACCUGAGCCUGCAGAUCCCUCCCCCAGCUAAAAAGCCAUUGACUAAGAUCGUCUCCCAUUUGCUGGUGGCUGAGCCAGAGAAGAUUUAUGCCAUGCCUGAUCCAACCAUGCCAGAGAGUGACAUCAAAGCCCUGACAACCCUGUGUGACCUGGCAGACAGGGAACUGGUGGUGAUCAUUGGCUGGGCAAAGCACAUCCCAGGGUUCUCCAACCUCUCUCUUGGGGACCAGAUGAGCCUCCUGCAGAGCGCCUGGAUGGAAAUCCUCAUCCUGGGCAUUGUGUACCGCUCCCUGCCAUAUGAGGACAAGCUUGUCUAUGCUGAGGACUACAUCAUGGAUGAAGAGCACUCUCGUCUGACGGGGCUGCUGGAGCUCUACCUGGCCAUCCUACAGCUGGUGCGCCGCUACAAGAAGCUCAAGGUGGAAAAGGAGGAGUUUGUCACACUCAAAGCUCUGGCCCUCGCCAACUCAGACUCAAUGCACAUAGAGGACAUGGAUGCAGUGCAGAAACUCCAGGACCUUCUCCAUGAAGCCCUGCAGGACUACGAGCUGAGUCAGCGCAACGAGGAGCCCCGGCGAGCAGGCAAGCUGCUCCUGACCUUGCCACUCCUGCGGCAGACAGCUGCCAAAGCUGUGCAGCACUUCUACAGCAUCAAACUGCAGGGCAAGGUUCCCAUGCAUAAACUCUUCCUAGAAAUGCUAGAGGCAAAGGUCUGACAGCCCCAGCGCCAGCCGACAGUGGCCGGGGAACAAACUAGAAACAAAGAUGCAGACAACGGAGCAAUCCAAACAGCAGCAGCAGCAGCCACCGCCGGCUUUUAUCUCCAAUCAUUUAUUAUGGAAGAAUUACUUAAUGUCUAUCUGUCGGCGUGACUGCAGAAUCUCAUGUACAGGAGGGGGGGAAACUCUUUUAAUCAGUCACCUGUUUCUCUUUCUUUCGUUUGUUUUCUCUGUGGGAAAUACCAGAAUAUGCUCUUGCACUUGUUGAGGCAGUCACUGGGGCUCAGCCCCUCUGAGCAGUGAUGCUCUCAGCAUCAUCCAGGCUGCCUGCUCCCCAGCUCCCUCUGCCAGUGCUGGAGGGGAAGCGGGGACAGAAGCAAGAAGAGAGGAAGAACAGAGUCAAUAUAAACUUUAUCUGCUGGUAUUGUGAGGGGUCAAAUAGAAAGGGAAGCAGCCUGGGGGAAGGGAAGCAGCAUCUUCUUUUUGUCACCUUUCUGGCUCUAACCAUAGAGCAGAUGCUCCUUUGGAGAAGAGCACUGCUGGACCUCUCCUGAUCAAAACAGCUGCCUCUCAGGCUCCUCUUGUGACAGCUAACACUUGUACAUACAGGCCCCACUUCUUACCGGGAAAGAUGCUCCUAACUGUGUAAGAUAUUCUGCGACCUUGUACAGUGUGUCAUUACACCUGGCUAGUCCCUCCCAUGUACAAUCCCCACAGGCCCCCAAAGAGGUAGGAUGUAUGACCCUGAAAUAAUGCAAUCUCCUUUCACAGAUGGCAAGAAAAACAGAAAAGAGCCUGAUGUUCUGCUUCAGUGCUGGAUUAACGUGAUAAUCUCUGCAUCCUCUCCUAUGUGGUGCUAACUACAGUCCUUCCACACUUUUCACCCUAUAGUAUAUCAAACCUGCCUCUUCAGCUCAGCUGAGUGCUGUUCCCCACUUGUUCCUCAUGGCAGAGAAGACAAGGCUUUGUCUGCAUGGUUACUGCCCAAGUAUAAAUACACCCCAAACUAGGGCUUUCCUAGACUUCAUUAAAGUGAUAGCUCUUUGCCUCCACAGAGAUUUAGGCUUAUUGCCAAAUGCUAGUUAGGAAUCAAGGGCACUGCUAUUUUCAGGAGGCAGCUCUUGAGCCUGAGAGAUUGCUUUUUUGUGGCAGUCUAGGGAAAUAAAUUAGAGGGUGGCAUGAAAUACCCAAGACCCCCAACUACUGUCUUCCCCUGCCUCAUCCCAUUAUCCUCAACAGCAGCAAAAGAGCUACCAUAGCUUAUAUCUGGGCCUGGUAAGAGGUUCUGUCGCUGAUGGGAAAGCAAGUACCUGACCUUGAGGUGGCAGGAGAAGUGGGGGGAAGGUUUAUUUACUCCUCUCAUGUAAUGUUUCUGCUGUCUCCAGGUCUUGGUUCAAAUCUGCUGCCUAGAACACAACUUGCUGUAUUCCUAGUAGCCAGAGAAGAAUGUAGGUGACUGACAAAACUGGCUGUAGGCAUUCUCUGAGAUUUUAUUUUCUAGGUGACAUAGUUUUAAGCCAGCCUGAGCUAAUGAAACCUGAUUGCAUUGUCUGUUUUGUGGUCGUUGGUCACCUGUGGCAGUAGAGGUGAGAAAAAGCCUCUGAUUUACAUUUGAGACACAGUAGCUAUACUGCCUCUGUUCCCCUCAAGCUUCUAUCCCUUCCUGGCCAGCCCAUGAGAAAUGUCAUGUGGCAGAGGACUAACUUGUCCCCUGGAGUAAGUCUUGCAAACUAGAGUUGGGGUGUCUGAUCAGGGAGACAUCGGGUGCUUGUUUUCUACUGGAGCAGAACGUGUCACAGCAGGGCAGUCAGUGCUGCAGAACAAUGCCCAGGCUGGCUCAGAGACUGGGGGCUGUAACUGAUGCUGACCUCUCAGCUCUUGCAGCCAGCCCACUCCUAAUACUUGAGUUAAUUCAUUUUCAUCUCCUUUGAGUUUUCCCUACACUACACAGCCAUAGCUACUCUCAUUCAUUUUGUACUCGCUUGAUAAAGGAAUUUAGGCUUGCUUCAGGCACAAGAGUAAACCAACAGAGACCUAAGUGGCAGAAGGCACGUGGGAGCUGAGACUGCUUCCAUGCUCACAGCAGUAGCAAUUACUCAGUGGCUUUGAAUGGAUACUUGUUCUUCUCUCCCCAGCUGCCUUCCUGAGGCAGCUGGGGAGAAAUGAGAGGCUUUUGGUUGCACUUACAAUCCCUGUACUCAUCUGUGACUGAGGGGGACCAAAAUGAAAUUCAUGCUGCCACAUACAGGCCCAGCUUGCCAUGUGCUGCACCCUGGCAACUCUUUCUGGCUGUGGCAUAAAUGCUCUUCCAAUAGUGCUGGCUUGCACUAGUGCCUGAAAAUUUGACUAAUUUGACCACUGUUGCUCCCCUGCCAAGUUCCACCAAGCUCAGCCACAGCACAUUGAGUCCUGAUGUGCUGUGCAAAGGUUUCUGACCCAAAAUGGGCUGAAAACAUGCUAAGAAGCAAUUCUUGCUCUGUCGGGCCCUGCUGGACAGGUCACUUAAAAAAAAAAAAAAAAGGGCUCUUCCAGCUUUGUUGUAUUUGAACUCCUGCCUUCUUUCCAGAGCAGAAGGGAAGAACUACCUACAAAACGUGACUAUGGAGAGGUGCUGAGUUAGUUUCUAGCCCACAGACUGCUGGCUAUUUAGAGUAGUGCUAUGGUAUGGAGGCAACUCCUGCCUUGGCAACAAUAUAAAGAUACCAAAUGUAUUUAUUUCCAGAACCUUAUUUCUGCAUUACAGCUGCAUAACCUUGGAGCCCAUCUGGGUAUCUUCCAUUGCUUGAAGAUAACAUGCCUGGAAAUGUUUGCAUUGCUUCUGAAAUAGAAUGGGAACUGAACCAGACAGUAAUUAGCAUAUAUUAAUCUCUUUAAGCAAGGAACGCAAACUAUUCCCCAGGAACUGGGACAGAAACACCUGUCUAGGUUUAACCCUGGAAAGGCUUGCACCAUCUUAAAUUGAGAACCAGGUCAGGUCUCUUGGGCCCUUCAGACCAGUGCAGGAAUCACACACAUCUCUUUCCAGUUAUUCUGAUCUGCUGUGCAUCACUAGUACUGUCACAUGGUCACAGCUGAGGAGCAUGUCCAACUACACAGUGAGCUGGGCUUGCAGAAAAGGGUCACUUCUCUCAGUGCUCUUUGAAGUAGGAAAUGGGGCUUCAGCAACUGCUUAGGUCUUUGAAAGCUCAGUCUCUUACAAAAAGGUCUGGGGAUGUGGAAGCUGAGAUGUGAACUAAGAACUGGUUCUGGGUCAGUACUCUUCACACCAUUCAUUUGUAAUGUAGGAGUCAGAGUCAGCACCUUACAACUGUGCUUCUACAUGGGGCAAAAGAUGGUGGAGCUUGAGCCUUGGGACACAAAUGGGCUCUAUGAAUUAAAGAAAAGCAAAGCUGUAGAGGUAAGUGUUUCAGUGAGAGUGAAUAAGCAUGAAGCCCACAUCCAGCAACUGAUACCAGCAGCUCCAGCCCCUGAUUUGCAUGUGCAGGUAACAGAAACCACAUACCUGUCAGCUACUACAAAAGUAGUCCCAAGUGACCAGCAUUUCUAUUUUUGGCACAUUCUUCUCUGGGAACAGCAGUGUCUGGCCUGUAAUGCAAAGUAAAUUUCAGGCGGAUCAAUUAAAACAAAAGGUAAAAUACAACACAGAGUUAGGUUUCUGGGGAAACUUGGGCAUUACACCUUGCAGCAAAACUGUGAAGCUGUAAGAAAUUCCCCCACAAUAAUCAGAACCUUGCAGUAUUGCUCAUGCUAAGGGGGUAUUGUUUUUGUCUUUGUAAGCUAAGUCAUCUCUUUUUUAAAAAAAAUACUACAAACAUACAAAAUAAAACAUGCUGCACCAGAAACAUGUAAGCAGCUAUUAGAGGGGAAAGUGAUUGAGAAAGACCCUAGAAUGUAACUUGUUGAGAUUUUAUUACUAAUCAGAGCUGAGAAAAAGAGCUUCUACUUUGUAUCCACAGGCUAUAAAUAAUCAUAUGGCCAAAGGCCACUCUGUUGUUCUUGUGGCUGCAUUAUAUGGAGAAGCCAGAGAGACAGAGGCUUUGAGAGUGAUGCAGGGAGUUAUAGACAGUCAGUGAAAUAAACAGUAUCUACUUAACUAUAAUCUGCUCCUAAAACAAAACAACCAAAAAAAAAAAAAAAAGAAAAAAAAAAGGAAAAAAAAAAGAAAAAACCUGUUAAAUAAAUUGUAUUCUUGUGGUACAGGUCAUUUCAGACAAAACAAGAAAUAAAACAGAGAAAUGUAAAAACUAA